CAACUUUAUCCCCCUAUCCUGCUGCUUUCAUCCCAAUGAAAACAGAGGAACAGCCUCUGUGCGCCUCUCGGACAGUGCAGCUCCACCUCAGCCGGGACGGAGAUGGGAUGCUUUUGACACACCGGUACACGCCGCUGAUAAGUUGGACUAAUAAUAAAAACCCAAACAAUAAUGACAUGACAGCUGCCUGUGCGUCCCUGCAGUUUCCCACCGCCCAGCGUUAGCGCGACAUUGUGGCCGAGAGGCUUGGGAGGAAAUUGCCCGGUUUGAGUGUAGCUAUCUCCCCGUUCACUGGGGCAACAAGCGGGAACCAUUUCCGGACCCGUGACAGCGGCUAUAGUGGAGCGGGAGGUCGGCCUGAGGGCCAGCGGCGGCGGCGGCGGCGGCGGCGGCAGCGCGGUUUCGGUCUCCAUACCGGGAUUGGUCGAGGACAGCAUGGCUGCGGGGAGAGGAGCUUCGACGCCCGGCUCGCUUUUGCAGAAUGAGCGGGUUCGGUUCAUCGUGUGUUUCCUGGGAGUCUUCGUGUGUUAUUUCUACUACGGCAUAUUGCAAGAGACUAUCACUCGAAGCGAAUAUGGUCAGGGGGACGAGAAGGAGACGUUCCGCUUCGCCCAGACGUUGGUCUUCAUCCAGUGCAUCAUCAAUGCUAUGUUUGCAAGGAUCUUGAUCCAGUUUUUUGAGGGCUCCAGACCGGAUCACACCAAGAGCUGGCUCUAUGGGUUGUGUUCCCUCUCUUAUCUGGGAGCCAUGGUGUCCAGUAACUCGGCCCUUCAGUAUGUCAACUACCCCACGCAGGUAUUGGGAAAGUCCUGCAAACCAAUACCAGUGAUGAUCCUCGGCGUGACAAUCUUGAGGAAGAAAUACCCGCUGGCAAAGUACCUGUGUGUGCUGUUGAUUGUGAGCGGCGUGGCUUUGUUCCUCUACAAACCCAACAAGAGCUCGACCACAGCAGAUGACCACGUUUUUGGAUUUGGGGAGAUUCUGUUGCUGCUCUCGUUGACAAUGGACGGUCUGACCGGCGUGGCCCAGGACCACAUGCGGGCUCGAUUCCAGACGAGUCCCUACUACAUGAUGCUGAACAUCAACAUGUGGUCCAUCCUGGUGCUGGGACUUGCGGUCCUGUGGACAGGCGAGGUUUGGGAGUUCCUGAGUUUCACCGAGCGCUUCCCCAGCAUCUUCUACAACAUUCUCCUGUUUGGAUUAACCAGCGCUUUGGGUCAGACCUUCAUCUUUAUGACGGUGGUGUACUUUGGACCCCUGACCUGCUCCAUCCUCACCACCACGAGGAAGUUCUUCACCAUCCUUGGCUCGGUUAUUCUGUUUGGCAACGUCAUGAGCUCCAUGCAGUGGCUUGGGACCGUCCUCGUGUUUCUUGGUCUUGGUUUGGAUGCCAAGUUUGGCAAAACCCCCAAGAAGACGACACACUGAAGCAUCUGCAGCGCCUGAUAGACAGAAAAAUCACAGGUCAAAUGGACAGCACUUCUAUAGCCAGUAACUUACUUUCUCAAGACAUGCUGUACAGGCCCGCGUGCCUAUGAUUUGUUCCACUACCGUUUUAUUUUUAACUUAACUGUGUUCAAAAGAGAUGCCCUGUAGUUUUCAACUCUGACUAAUGUGUACUUUUGAUAUGUCAUAUGUCAUAAAGACGUGUUUUACUCGGGAUCAAGGCCAGUCAGGGCUGUCGGAAGGCUUCAACGAUGACUUCGACCACAUUAUGACAUGUUUUUGUGGAGAAAUUCAGACUGGAUGAAAGAGUCGGGUGGAAAAAAAAAAAUCUGGAUGAAAUCCUUAUUGUUAUUGAAACCAGCUCUUUUCCUUUUGAAGAACAUUAUACCAGACAAGGCCUAAGAAAUACAUUUCCAGCAUUUAACUCAUGAAUUUAUCACCAAGGAACGCCUGGCUUCUCAAAGUUUUCCAAGUUUUACGUUGACACAAAACCAGGCACAGAAAAUGUUUUGACUCUAAAUUGUCAGUCGCUAGAACAUGUGCAAUCUCCAUGUGUGUUUUCUCUCUUGGCAAACAAUUUGCCAAGUAUCAUGGCAUUUAUAAAAUAUAAACGGUUGUAUGUAGUCCUUUGGGUUAUGUCAAAUCCCACUGUUGAAUUGUCUUACAAUGUUUUUUUUGUUUUGUUUUUCUACAAAUGGAAAAUGGCUAAUCAUAAAAGGGAAAUUGUGAUAUAUCAGACCAACCUA